AUGAAGCUGAGGACACUACUUGCAGCCAUCAAAAAGCUCGCUGUACGUGAAGAAAACUCCAUGGUGGCUAGAGUCACACUUCAUAAUAUGCGUCAAGAUAGGGAUGAACCUGUGCGCAAUUUUUGUGCGAAACUUCGUGGACAAGCGGGAGUCUGCAAAUUUGUAAAUACAUGCCCCAAUUGUAACCAUGAGGUAAAUUAUACUGACACUAUAGUCCGAGAUGUACUUGCUAGAGGCAUAGCUGACCCUGACAUUCAACUUGACCUCCUCGGGGACAAAAACCAAAACAUGACAUUAGAGGAAGUCACCCAAUUUGUUGAAGCUAAGGAAGCAGGAAAACGAUCAGCCUCUCGACUAUUGGACUCUCACGCUGUAGAAGCAGCUAAAAGUUCAUACAAACGGACAAAGCAAACAUCACUGAAGGAUCAAAAUGAAACAUGCUCCUACUGUGGAAAAAGAGGUCACGGCAGACAUGCACCAGCCCGCACCCGCAAAAUGGAAUGUCCUGCCUAUGGUCACAAGUGUGAACAUUGCAACAAGGACCACCACUUAGAGACUGUCUGUCGGAGCAAACACAAGGAAAACCUCCCUACAGCCUCUCCAAAUACCCACAACUAUGAGAGUGGUGUGUUCGAAUCCCUGUGCGUCUUAUCUGAUGCUGCCUGCAAUCACCCCUCAAACAAAACGAUUGCAAUAGAUCAUCACCUUUAUGACCAACUAUCAGACACAUGGAUCAGAAAGCGUUCCAAACCGCAACCUUUCAUCAAUGUCAUUAUCAAACUUUUACCCGAGGACCACAAAGCACUGGGUUUCUCAUUGAAGGCAACAACAAAAACCAUAAAACUCCCAGCUAUGGCUGACACAGGAUGUCAAAGCUGCCUCGCUGGAAUUAAGGUCAUCCACAGGCUUGGACUUACAAAAUUAGACCUCAUCCCGGUGACAAUGAAGAUGCACGCUGCCAACAAUGGGGGCAUAAAGAUCCUCGGAGCAACCAUCCUCCGCAUAUCUGGAAGAGACAACAACGGCAAAAUAACACAGAACUGCCAUUGUCCGAAGCGACAGCUUCCGCCGCCACUCCCAACAACACUCCCAUUUGCAGCAACCGGGGACAAUCGACUUAAACUCCGUGAUUUCCUACUGAACCACUACAGAUCUAGUACAUUCAACACCUGUGAACAUCAACCAUUACCACUAAUGAGAGGACCUCCCAUGCGCCUGAUGGUAGAACCUGGUGCUACACCCGUCGCUCACCAUACACCUGUACCUGUUCCUAUUCAUUGGCAAGAGGAAGUCAAGGCAGGACUGGAUCAAGACGUACAGCUCGGAGUCAUAGAGCCCGUACCCAUCGGCGAACCUGUCACAUGGUGCCAUAGGAUGGUUGUGUGCGCAAAGAAAAAUGACCAGACUUGUACCUCACGGCAAGAAGAAAUCGGUCGUAGAUGUUUGGAAUGGAUACCACAGCGUUCCUCUCCACCCAGACGACCGCCACCUCACAACAUUCCUUGGGGCAGAUAUCGCUACAAGACCGCUCCACAGGGAUACAUUGCGUCGGGCGAUGGCUACACUAGAAGAUAUGAUGAGAUAGUUGCACAUAUCCAGAACAAGACAAAAUGCAUUGACGACGUUCUGCUUUGGGCUGAUUCUCUCGAGGACAACUUCUUCCAGGUGGCAAAGUGGCUAGACAUCUGUGAACAAAAUGGCAUCACCCUCAACCCAGAGAAAUUCCUGUUUGCACAAGACACUGUCGAAUUUGCAGGCUUCGAAAUCACUUUAAACAGCGUCCGUCCAUGUGCAAAGUACUUUAACGCCAUCAUGGAUUUCCCAACCCCUCAGAACAUAACUGACGUACGCUCUUGGUUUGGACUUGUCAAUCAAGUUUCAUAUGCAUUUAGCAUGGCAGAAAAAAUGAAUCCUUUCCGACAACUACUCAAGCAUAAUGCACCAUUUGAAUGGACCACCGAGCUCCAAAAUCUCUUCCAACUAUCCAAGGAGACCAUCAUCAAAGAAAUUGAGCAUGGCGUGAAAAUAUUUGAUUGCAGCAAACCUACUUGUUUAGCUACAGAUUGGUCAAAAACUGGUAUUGGGUUCUGGCUGUUCCAAAAACACUGCACUUGUCCUGGACAAGAACCCUUUUGCUGUACCUCAGGCUGGAAAAUAACGCUCGUCGGGAGUAAGUUUAACCACCCAGCAGAAUCCAGAUAUGCACCCAUAGAAGGUGAGGCUCUUGCUGUAGCAGAUGCCUUAGAUAAGGCCAGAUACUUUGUCCUUGGAUGUAAAAACCUCAUCAUUGCAGUUGACCACAAGCCACUCUUAAAGAUACUUCGAGACAGGUCCCUAGAGGAUAUCCCAAAUUCCCGCCUCCGGAACCUGAAAGAAAAAACACUCCGUUACCGCUUUCGUGUAACCCAUAUACCAGGUGUGAAGCACCGUGCAGCUGACUGCCUCUCACGCCACCCAGCAGGAAAACCCGAGCAACUGCACUUACCUGAUGACAUAGCUUCCAUCAGCUAUGCUCUUCCACCAUCCUAUUUCCUUGCUGGUAUACGCUCCAACGUUGACCCUGACAGCAUGGAGGAUAACUUAGUUGCUGCAGUAAACACAAUGCUUGAAUCUCUAUCCAUUCAAUCAGUAACGUGGGACAGAGUUCGCAUAGGCACUACAAGUGAUGCCAUCAUGCACCAUCUACUUCAACUCAUUGAAUCAGGAUUGCCAGAGACCAGACUUGAAUUUCCCCCUGCCCUACGGGAAUACUUUCAGUUUCGAGAACAUCUCCACUCUUUAGACGGAGUCAUCCUCUACAAGGACCGCAUCGUUAUACCACCCUCACUUAGGCGGGAGAUCCUAUCAGUCCUACACUCUGCCCAUCAAGGGGUAACUGCGAUGACUUCCAGAGCUGAAGCCUCCAUCUUCUGGCCAGGAAUUACGCCCGAUAUCACUUCUCUUCGUGCACAGUGCAUUCAGUGUAACCGCAAUGCACCAUCCAACCCUAGCGCUCCACCAACCCCACUCAUUUCCCCAGACUAUCCAUUCCAAUGUCUUUGUGCUGACUUUUUCCACUACAGGGGGACAUAUUACCUUGUGAUUGUUGACAGAUAUUCCAACUGGCCGAUAGUCGAGAAAUCGUCCGAGGGAGCAGCUGGUCUGAUCAGUUGCCUUAGGCGUACAUUCGUCACCUUCGGCAUCCCAGAUGAACUCGCCACAGACGGUGGUCCAGAAUUCACAGCUACAAUUACACGACGCUUCCUAAAGGAUUGGGGUGUACAUCACCGACUAUCAUCUGUAGCAUUCCCACACAGCAAUUGCCGAGCGGAAGUUGGAGUGAAAACAGUAAAACGCCUUAUCACAGACAACACGGCUCCUAAUGGUGACCUAAACACUGACCUGUUCCAACGUGCAAUGCUCCAGUACAGAAAUACACCUGACAGGGACACCAAGUUGUCUCCAGCUAUGUGUGUGUUCAACCACCCUAUCCGGGACUUCAUCCCCAUCCCACCGGGAAAAUACAAGCCUCACAACACUUGGCAGGAGACUAUGAUUGCCAGAGAAGAGGCUCUUCGCAUCCGCCACAUGCGUUCAGCAUAA